AUGAUGAUGACGAUGGCGACGACGACACCCAACUUCUCUGCAACUCGACACGCCCAGUCCCCAUCCCACAUUGCAACCCGAAGGAUUGUCCUCAGCAGCAGCAAUGGGCAGGGAGGUAACAUCACCAUCGAAAGCCCUCGAACCGCCGCCUCCAGCGUAGUCCCUCGUCGAUGUCGACCAUCAGCGCCUCGCAAACUACCUCCGCAACAUCGACCGGGACUUGUCGGAGCCUCUCGAAAAGGAAAAUGGAGUCACGUCCAUGUUCAGGGCUUGGCUACGUUGUACGAGGUCAUACUCGCUAAGGCUCUAUCGGGAGAGAUUUGUUCCGAGGACCGACGUAUUUUCUAUGCUGGGACCGGAAGCGAUAACUUCCUGACAACGGCGAAGGCAAUUGGCAAAGCCGGUUUUGACCUUGGGGCUUUGGCAUAUCGGCCGAGCCAGUCUCUACCUCGCUCGAGAAGGUUACACAGGAAAUUUUCCAGGGACAAGCACAGUAGGCGGAAAUCGAUAUUGCAUCCGAAGCCCUCGUAUCCGCCGAUGUUUCACGAUAUUUCGGAUGGAGGCCGAUCAAGUCAGAGAAGGAUUAGAGACACGGCCAAUCAGCCCUAUAACAUUGAGGGCACGGGGGAGUUUGGGCUGGCUGAAGUGGAAAAUGGUUCUGAUAUGGUGCAAAGCUACAACCUAUCAGGUUCUCAAGAGCAGCCGUUUCUGCGGGGGAGCUGA